AUGAAUGGAGUAUGUUGUGAUACAUUUAGAGAGGCAGCAGAGAAAAGAGGAUUAUUACAUUCUGAUAGUAAUUUGAUUGAUUGCAUGUCAGAGGCGGUGAGCUAUCAGACCCCUUACCGUCUAAGACUCCUAUUUUUCACACUAUUGGUACAUUGUUGUCCUACUAAUCCAAAAGACUUAUGGGAAAAGUUUGAAGAUUCGAUGUCAGAAGACUUUAAGAUUUUGCCAAAUCUUCCCGCGAAAGAUAUUCGACAUAAAGUUUUGAGUCACAUUAACGAAAUUUUACAUUCGAUGGGACACAAUGUUAAUGAGUACAAACUUAUUUCUGAAAUUAUCCAGACUUCUAGAGAAGCAAAAGAAGCAAGAGAAGUUCACUUUGAAAGAACAAUUACUGUUUCUGACACUGAUAUAUUGUUAGAAAAAAGGUUGAAUGUUGAACAACGAAGAGCAUGCAAUGUAAUUAUUGGCAGAAUAUUUUCAAAUAGAAGGCGAGCAUUCUUUAUUGACGGUCCUGGAGGAACAGGUAAAACUUUUUUAUACCUUGCUUUGUUAGCUACCGUGCGAUCUAAAGGAUUCAUUGUGCUAGCAACAACAAGCUCAGGUGUUGCAGCUUCUAUCCUUCCUGAAGGACGAACUGCUCAUUCACGUUUUAAAAUUCCUAUUGAUAUUGAUCAAAACUUUAGUAUUAACAUUAGUAAACAAAUGUCACUAGCAUAUUUAAUUCGAUAUGCAAAACUAAUCAUAUGGGAUGAAGUAUCAAUGGUGAAGAGUAAGAUGAUUGAAGUCUUUAGUUUGCUUUUGAAAGAUAUUAUGGAUUCACAUGCACUAUUUGGUGGGAAAGUAAUUGUGUUUGGAGGUGAUUUUAGACAAACCCUUCAUGUAGUUCGAAAUGAAAAAAAGAAAGACUUUAUCUGCGAAAGCUUGUUAUAUUGUAAUAUUUGGAAUCGACUUGAAAAAUUACAGUUAUCUGAAAAAAUACGUACCAAAACUGAUCCCGCCUUUUGUAAAUAUUUGAUGAGAAUUGGAAAUGGAACAGAAAAAGUCAAUUGUGAUAAUAAAAUUAAAAUUCCAGAUUCUAUAGUUAUUCCUUUUACAUCUGAAGAAGAAUCUUUAGAUGAAUUAUUCAAGAUCACAUAUCCAAAUGUAAGUACAUUCUUUUCUGAUUCAUCUUCAGUAACUUCUCAUGUUAUUUUAACAACAAAAAAUGACUUUGUUGAUGAGUUAAAUGAUAUGCUCAUUGCUAAAUUUUCAUUUACAUCAAAGACAUAUGUUGCUAUUGAUGAAACUGUUGAAUGCGCUGAUCAAAGUUUGAUCGAAACUGAUCCUGAAGGAGUACUUGAGGGUUUUGCUGAAGUAGUACGUAUGGAACCUGAGAAGGCAGAGUGGUAA